AUGCUUUUUGUUGAUGGAGAAUUGUACAGCGGCGGUGGUGGAUCGUGGUGGCUUCUUCUGAUGUUGGCGGAAAACAAAUUUCAACGUGGCGGUUGUGGCUUGAUCAGUUCCGGUGGAGGUUUGUCAGGUGAAAAUUUAGUUGGCGGAUUUUUGAACGUCAGUUCGCCUCCCCGUAAAACGGCAAAAAAAUCAGAACUAAGUAGUAUAAGUGCAACAACUGAAAACAAUGAGAUUCCUUAUACUCAAUUAACUGAUUCGAUCUCAAUUCCAACAUUGCCUCUUUCAUUUUCUGCUGCUGCAGCAGCUGCUGUUCGAUUACAUGCAUCAACAUCUUCAUCAACAUCAUCUUCAUUACCAUCAUCAUCAAAUUCAUCGUCAUCAUCAUCAUCCUCAUCAUUAUCGUCUUCGUUACCUCCUUCAUCAUCACUAGCCUUAACAAAUCUAUCAAAUGCCUUUCUACCUUCUCUUGUACCAAUCAAGGAGAGUUCUCCAUAUGUAAACAUCAAUUCGCAACAUGUACCAACUAACAACAAAAGUGUGUCAAAAAUAAAAAAAAUUUUUGGUAGUGACCCGUCUUCACUUUGUGCUCUCCCAAAUAUAAAAUGGCUUCAUUUGUCAAGAUUCGAUAAAAAUACUAAAUCUAGUGACAUUGUUGAUAGUAUUUCCCAAAAAACAAAUAUUCCAAAAGAAGAGCUAAAAUGUUAUGCUCUCAUUAAAAAAGAUGCUGAUUUAUCAACUCUUAAAUUCAUCACUUUUAAACUCAGUGUACCCACUCAUAAACUUUCUCUAGUUCUUGACCCGUCUGUAUGGGGUUCCUUUGUACAAGUAAAGGAAUUCAUCAUACAUAAAAAAACAGAGAACCCAAACCCACCGCCAACAACAAUAAAUGCAAAUGCACCUCCACCUACAAAAACAAUUUCAACUGCACUUCCACCAACAAUAUCAUCACCAUCACCGCCGCCUCCACCACCGCCACCACCACCCCCAACACCACCACCGCCAACACCAUCACCUCCAUCAUCAGCAACAAACCUAGCCGUACAACCAUCUCCGCAACUAGAACACCCGCCAUCAACUAAUUGA